CCUUGGAAUUGUUCUGCCUUAUUAUGAGCGAGGGCGGACAACGGAUGCAGCAGCAACCAUGGCUGCGCCUACCACCUUACAUACUAAUUUCUCAGGCUGCUGAUCGUGCUUCCUAGCUCGCGUGUAGCUAGCAUAUUCGACACCAUUUCCUUAGAUUCGUCUUCUUUAACGCCUAACGGUGAUUUCUCGUACUACCUCGUCCAGUCCUAGGUUCCUCUCUCUCUUCUUUUUUUCCGUCUUAUUCGUCGGCUUUUAGUUCUACCGUAACAUCCUCCGCCUGCGCUUUUCGAUCUGUCCAUCUUCCCUCCUCGUCUCUUCAUACCGACUUCCCAUCCGCGUUUAUCCUCCAUAAAACUCGCCCAAUUCGUCGAACAAGCUAGCUUCGCCAUAAGCUCCUAAACCUCCCAUCCGUUUGAACGCUUACCCGGCGAGAAUCUAGGAUACAGCUAACUCGUUUCCUCACUCUCGCGUCUCCUUAGCACGCCACGUGCUUUCCUCUUAGUCACGUGUUUCCCCCGAAGCGAAGUGCGUCUCGUUUCUACGCCACGGUUUCUCCGGUGAACGUGGCGAAAAUGGCUCCCAAGCCGGAUCAAGUGAGCGCGAUAAAUGACAUCACCAAGAAGCUCUCCGGGACUUCCCUGUCCAAAGACGUUCUAAUCAAGACCCUCAAGUCCGCUGCGGGCAUCCUGGAGCAGCUGCAGCAGUCCGCGCCAGAGCCGACGAUGUCGGCGCUGCGCCCGCUGGCGCAGGCAUUGCCGGCGGCCAACUUCAUGCGCCACCGCGACCGCGACGUGCGCGUGCUGCUGGCGUUCUGCAUCAGCGAGGUGCUGCGCGUGUUCGCGCCGGACCCGCCCUACGACGACAGCCCGCUCAAGAGCGUGUUCGAGCUGCUAGUGGGCACGUACGAGGGCCUGGAGGACACGGCGUCACCGCUGUACCCGCGGCGGGUGGCGAUUCUGGAGUCGAUGGCACGGGUGAAGACGUGCAUCAUCAUGCUGGACCUCGAGUGCACUGACCUCAUCCUGCACAUGUUCGAGACCUUCUUCCGCGUCGUGCGCCCCGAGCACGCGCUGCACGUGCAGAUGGCGAUGGUGGAGGUGAUGGCGUCUGUGAUCGAUGAGAGCGAGGACGUCUCCCCGCACCUGCUGGACGCCAUCGUAUGCAACAUGCUCUCACCGGAAAAGGAGGCCUCCCCUUACGCGUACCACUUGGCGGCAGCAGUGGUCAAGCGAUCGGCAGAGCGGCUUCAGCCGGUGUUUCAGAGGCACCUGGCCCCUGCUAUCCGCACUGUUGCUGCCGCAGCAGGGAAGGACGGGGAGAGCAAGGGCGGCGGGGGCAGCGGCGGCGGUGGUGGUGGUGGCGGUGGUGGUGGUAGUCUAGCGUGCAAGCGCUAUCAUGAUGUGAUUCUCGAGGUGUUUCGAGUGGCGCCGAGUGCGCUGGAGAUGGCUCUGCCUCAGAUACACGAGGAGCUCGUGCAUGAGGAUCCCGAGGUGCGGUUGAAAGCGGUGUCGCUGGUGGGGCGGCUGCUGAUGGUGGACGCGUCCACGCUGCAGCACCACUACCGGCAGCUUUUUGCAGAGUUUCUGCGCCGCUCCAACGACAAGUCGGUGGACGUACGAGUGAAGCUUGUCAACCUCCUCGAAUCCUUCCUCCUCCCGGCUUCUACCUCCGCUGCUGCUGCUGCUGCUUCUGCUGCUGGUGCUGGCGCUGGUGGUGUGGCAGGGGCAGGGGCAGCGGCAGGGGCUGGAGGGAAUGCUCUUGUGGCGUUGUAUUUCAACAAGGGUCAGGGAGCAGGAGGGGCAGGGGCUGCUGGUGGUGGUUCGGGUGGUGGUGCUGGUGCAGUUGUAGGGAGCAGGGCUGUGGAUAUGUCAGAAAUAAGAAACAUGCUGCUAGAGCGUCUACUGGACGUGGAGGAGAGGGUGAGGCAGGCGGCAGUUAAAGCCCUCUGCUCUGUCUUCGCCCGCAGCCCAAAGCUGCUGCCAGUGGCGGACCUCCGAGCCGUGGCAGACAGACUAAGGGACAAGAAAGUGCCCGUGAGGCGAUUCACCCUGCCAGAAAUCGCUAGGGUUUACCGGGAGCACUGCUCGCGAUGUGCCGUGCGAGAUAGGGAGAGGGAGGAGGCGGAGGCAGGGAAGGGGUUGAAAGAGGAUGGGGGAGGAGUGGGAGUGGGAGUGGGAGUGGGGGGAGGGGGAGGGGGAGGAAUGGGGAAUGGAGUGGAGGGGGAUAAGGAGGAGGAGGAGGAGGUGGAGAGGUUUGAGUGGCUGCCUAGUCGGAUGAUCAAGUGUUGCUAUUUCAAGGACUGCAAGGACUUCAAGCCACAGACCAUGGACGUGUUCUUUGACGACGAGCUCUUCCCCAAGGCACUGCCUGUGGAGCGGCGGGCGUUCCACUGGGUGUACCUCUUCCACUCGUUUGACAUCAACGACCUCAAGGCCUUCUCACACAUCCUGCAGAAUAAGCAGAUCCUUCAAGCCAGUAUGACAACCUUCCUUAAAACGCGCCAGGAGCUCAAGGACCUAGACGCUCGAGAGCGGAAGAAGGCAGGCGAGGAAGCAGAGAAGAGCAAGGGGAGGAGCAAGGAAAAAGGCGCAGACGCAGAAGGGGAGGGAGACUCUGGGGAAGAGGGAGGCGGCGGAGGAGGAGCAGGAGGAGGAGCGGAGGGGGGUGGUGGGGGGUUGGCUGCGGUUGAAGCUGAGCGGAAGGUGCUGCAGGAGAGGAUGGUGGCGAGUGGGAGGCGCAUGGCACAGGCAGCGUUCCUGGAUGUGGGAAAGGCGGAGGAUCAUUUCACCAAGCUGGGUGCGCUGAAGGACAACCACGUGUUCCGCCUGCUCUCCUCCCUCAUGUCGCCAGCUGAGCCUCUCGCGGCCAUACAAGCCAUGCGGGACGAGCUGCUGAAGCGCAUAGGUGAAAGGUCACACCUAUACGACUUUAUGAAGGACCUGUCCUACAAGCUCUCGUUCCACCUGUUUGGGCGGCAGCACACGGAGCACGUCCUAGCCAUCCUUGGCGCCAUUGCAGCCAAGGGGGAAGAGGCGGCAAAGGAGGCGGCCAAGGUUGACCCGGAGAGCGGGGAGGAGGAGGAGAAGGAAGGAGGGGAGAAGGGGAAGAAGAGGGAUGGGAAGGGGAAAGUGAAGGAGGAGGGGGAGGAGGGGGGCGGGGACGGUGGAGAGGAGGGAAGGGACAGGGGGGAUAAGGGAGGGGAGGUAAGGGGGAAGAGGUUGGGAGUGGCUGGGUUGACGCUGAGGCAGCAGCAGGUGUUGGCUCGGCGGUUCCGGCUGUUUGUGUCUGCUGCUAUUCGGCUGCUCGUGGAGGUGGCAGCGCACUUCCCUGCGCUCUUCGAGGGGUGCUUCGCCAGCCUGCUGCCUCUGCUAAGAGCGCACCACCCCGAGCUCAAGGAGGGCGCUGCAAAGCUGCUCUCCAAACUCUCCUUCUCCCCGGACUCCUCCGCCAACGCUGCUGCUCUUGGCAACUCCUCGCCAGACUCCCAGGCUACCAACGACACCAUGGAGUGCCUGAAGCAGCUGGCCAUAGACGGCACGCGUCACCAGAUCAAGGCUGCAGUGGCGGCUCUCUCAGCGUCUAUCUACGGCGUUAGGGGGCGGUCCACCCUGUCGUUUAUCUACGAGAAAGCGUUUUCGUCGCUGGAGAGCGCGAACGAGCAGCAGCUGCAGCGGGGCCUGGAUGCCAUGGGGGAGAUUGCCCGCUUCGCCCCUGACGUGUGGCAGCCGCAUGAGGACGCGAUUAUCAAGUUUGUCGUGCGCAAGCUGCUCCGGAGAAGCAGUGCGUCUGGCCAGGCGAGUGCAGCAGCAGCGCUUGACACACCCUGCCCUGUGGCAACUCUCAAGGCGCGCGGCAUCAAGAUGCUCGUGAAGACGUUUCUCCCCCGCCAGCCCGCACCAGGCGGCAGCAAGAAGCAGUCGGUGGGGCUGCAGGCCGUGCUGGGCAAGCUGCUGCCGAGAGGAGAGGUGUACGACGACGUGCAGUCUUCGGAGGCGGACCGAGCCCUACUGCGAGUGACAGCAGCCAAGUCAGUGGUCAACCUCUCCACUCAACUCGACUCCCAGAUCACAGCUGACCUCUACCGCCUUGCCGUCUUGACCUCCCUAGACCCUGUGCCUGUGGUGCGGCGGGGCUUUGCCAGCAAGCUGAUCGGGGGUCUCAAGGACCGGUCUGUGCCAAUGCGCUAUGCUGCUGCGCUGCCGCUGCUGGCCGCUGCGGAGGAGACAGACAGUGAGCCGCAAAUCGAGGUCCGGCGGUACCUAGCCGAAUAUGUGGAUGCUACUAGGAGGGCAGCAGCUAGGAGAUCCGUGGCGGGUGGGGGAGCAGGGGAAGAUGCGAAGGACAAGGAAGGGAAGCAGCAGCAGCAGCAGCAGCGGGUGGGGGCAGGGGAGAAGGAUAACAAGGAGGGCCAGGCAUGGGAGGUGAAGGGGGGAGGAGGGGAAGGGGGAGGCAAGGAUGGCGGUACGGGUGCAGCUGGUGCGGCUGGUGUGGGGGGUGCAGGGUUGUCGACGAUUAUAGAGCACCCGGAGUAUGCAUUGGUGUAUCUAGCUUAUGUGCUGGCGCAGCAUCCGCAGUGGCCGAAAGGGGACGCUGCCAGUGCCAAGGCAGAGGAUUACGAGCCCGUGCAACGCCCCAUGGAGUAUCUCUUGCGCGCAUUGCUGCAGGGGGGCACGGAGGGGGGGAGGGGCGCGGAGGGGGGCGCAGGGGCAUCGCGCAAGGACAGGGGCGGGGGGCAGGAGGAGGUGGAUAACCUGGGAGCCGUGCUGGCAGUGCUGCGAACAAUCAAGGCGGCCAGUCCAGUCGCUAACAGCGUUGCACAAGAGAAGCUAGCAACCGUGUGCGACAUAGGCAUUGCAAUAGCCAAGGCCAUCGGCAGGACCCGCCCCUUCACUCUCACCUACUCGCACCUCGUGCCACUCCCCUCCGCGCUCUUCAAAGUCCCCGCCGCCGCAACGCCCCCUGCUUCUGCUGGAGCAAUCACACCAGCAGCAGCAGCACCAGCAGCCGCAGCAGCAGGAGGAGGAGGAGCAGCAGCAGCCGCGGCGGGAGGAGCAGGGGGGGCAGGAGAGGCGGAAGGUGGUUCUGUGGAGCCGAGUGGUACGGGGGCGAGUGGGAGUGUAGAUGCGAGUGGGUCAAUUGUGCCAACUGGGACCCCCGAGCCGACUCCUGCUUCUGAGCUGCCCCUCACUCCACUGCCCGACGGCAGCAACCUGCCUGCUUGCCUUGCGGAGCUCGAGACCCAGUUUGUGGUUCAAGUGAAGCCCAUUGCGUCGCCUGCUGCAAAGGCGCACCAUGCUGCGCGAGGGGGUGCGAAGGGCAAGAGACCAUCCAGAGCAACAAGGAGAAGGCUGGACGGACGAGGAGAGGAGGAUGAAGAGGAGGGAGAGGAGGAGGAGGAAGAGGCAGAGGAGGUGGGGGAUGAUGAAGACGAGGAGGAAGAGGCGGAGGAGGAUGAUGAAGAGGGGAUGCAGGUCGUUUCUGAGGAAGGUGUGACGGCAGCGGUAGGGGGUCGAGGGAGGAAGGGGAGGAAGGAAGCGGGUGCUGCAGAGUCGGGAAGAAAGAAGGCUAAGGUGACUGUUGAAGAGACUACCCCUGGGAGGGGGAGAGCGGCGGAAAGGCGGAAAGGGAGGAAAGGAGGAGGGAAGGAGGAAGCAGAAGAGGAGGAAGAGGAGGAGGCCGAGGGAGAGGAGGAGGAGGAGGAGGCGGGGGAGGGAGAGGAGGAGGAGGUGGAGGAGGAGGAAGAAACAGCUGCGGUUAAGGGAGGUAAAGGGGCAGGUGGAGGGAGGAAGGGUGCCAAGGGUGGCGGUAAAGGGGCUGGAGCGGCAGUUGGUGCAGCUGCUGCCGCUUCUCCUGUCGCUCCAAAGAGCCAUAAGAAGAAACAACCAGCAGUACCGGCACCAGCACCGGCAGGAGCAGCGGAGAUCGCUCUGCGAAAGGCGUAUGUGGGGCGGCGCAUCAAAGUGUGGUGGCCGCUCGACAAAGCCUAUUACAAGGGCACCAUCAAGUCAUAUCAAGUCAAGACUGAGAAACACACGGUGCGGUACGACGAUGGAGACAAGGAGGAUCUGCUGCUUCACCGGGAGAAGUUUGAGUUCAUUGACGGUCUACCUCCGCCCUCUGCCGCUGCUGCCGAGAAACCGGCUACUUCUGCUCCUGAUUCGGGUGGCAAGGGGAAGGCCUCAGGGACACACAAAAAGGGUGCUGCUGAGGCUGCUGCUGAUGGCACUGCUGCCACUGUUAGCAAAUCUCACAAGAAGAAGGUGCCUCCCCCAGUUGCUGCCGCUGACUCUCCUCCUGCCGCCGCCGCUGCUUCUACUGCUGCUGCUGCUUCUGGUAAGGCAGAAGGGGGCAAGGCCAAGGGUGCAAGCACGCCGGCUGCAGAUAAGGCGUCUGGGAGAGGGAAGGGGGCAGCUGCUGCUGGUGGUGGUGGUGGUGGGAGAGGAGGGUCGUCAGCAGAAAAGGCAGGGAGAGGGAAGAGGAAGGCAGAGGAGGUGGUGGGAGAUGAAGGGGAAGGGGAGGGAGAUGAGAGGAGGGAAGAGAAGGAGGAUGGAGAGAAGGGUGGGAAGGGUGCUAAGAGGGGGAAAGGGGCGGAGGGAAAGGAAGGAAAAGAAGGAAAGGAGGGUGAGGGCGGGGAGAGGAGUGAGCCGGGGGAUGUGGAGAUGCUGGAUGCUGAGGAUAAAGUUGAGGGUGAGGGAGGGGGAGAGAAGGUAGAGGAGGGAGAGAAGGGAGAGAAGGGAGAGAAGGGAGAGGAGAGCAAGAAGGCGGAUAGAAAAGGGGAGGAGGCAGGCAAAGGGGGGGAGUCUGACAAGAAAUCUGGGGAGGAAGAGAAGGGGGGAGAAAAAGGGGAAGAGAAGGGGAAGGAAGAGGAGGCAGGUCAAAACAAGGGCGAGGAGAAGGAGGAGGAGGGUGGUGAGGAGGGGGAGAAGGCGGGCAAGGGUGUGGGAAAAAAGCCAGUGAAGGCUAGUAUUGGUAUUGCUGUUGGUGCUCCCGCAGGUGUGUCAAAACCUCCUGAUCCUAAGAGUGCAGACGCUAAGGCGGGAGGGAUUGAGAGUGAAGGGGAGGAUAAGACUGAUGCGGGGAGGAAGGGGGAGAAGCGGGGGAAGUCUGAGGGGGAGGAAGAAGGGAAGGGGCGCAACGGGGCUAAUAAAAAGCAGAGGGCGACAGGGGAUGGGGAGGGGGCAGCAGAGGAGGUGAAGGAGCAGGGUAAGGUGGAAAGUGCAGGAGGGAAGGGAGAAAAGGCAGGGGAAAAGGCAGGAGAAAAUGCAGGGGAAAAGGAAGGGGAAAAGGCAGGGGGCAAGCCGAAGGACAGUGCUGUUGCGAACGGAAGCCCAGGAGGAGAGGAGGGUGAGAAGGGGGAGAGGCAAGCGGAGGAGAAUGGCAAGGCAGAGGCAGGAGGAACAGGGGCAGCAGCAGGGGCAGGUGCAGGGGCAGGUGCAGGGGGUCGAGGGAGGAAGGUGUCGAUUGGCAUUGCUGUGGGUGCGCCUGCAUCAGCAGCAGGGGGGGCGGCAGAUGAAGAGAAGAAGGCUGCAGCGGGGGCAGAUGUGGAAGCAGCCGGAGCUGGAGGGUCGGGAGGCGAGUCUGAUGGGAAGGACAAGAGACAGCUCCGGGAGCGCCGGAGCCGCGGCAAGUCGUGAAGGAUAAAGGCGGAGGAGGUACAUUCCAGAAUUCCGCAUCUUUGUCGGCUUGCUCCUACCGCUGCUGCCGCAGCUCUUGCUGGUGCAACGUCUACCGAUGCUUCUGCUCCUGCUGCUCCUACCGCUCCUGCUGUUGCUGCUGUUGGUGUGUCCUGCAGGCGUGGUACCAGUUGCUGGUUACUGACGACACUAGUACUGUUUGUGUGACACUAGGCUUAGCAACAGGAAGAGAAAUACCAUAACGAACCAGGGUGGAUGUGAAACACCACUCAGUGGGCAGUCUGGAGUUGUGACUGAUCUUGAUGCCAGGAUUAGAAUUCAUGGUAAAGUUUCGGCAGUUGUGCUUGCCUGCAAACGGCGUUGUGCUUCACAAUGUUACAACCUUCUGACUUGACUAAAUAUAUUGGUAAACAUAUU